AGAUGAUGGUGAAACAGAGUGAGGUCGAGCGAAAUUCACAUUUUCAAAAAAAUAAAAUAAAAAAUAAAGUGAACAAAUUUGAGAGAUUUUUCAGCCACUGUUUUUGUUUUUGAUCUUCUUCUUCAUCAUCAUUCCCCCCCUCUGUAAUCCCCGCUUCUCUGUAUCCCUUUCUGUUAAUCAUCUGUCUUUCAGUUUCUGAUUUUUGGGUUUGUUUUACAUUUCAACACAAAAAGCAAACUUAAGAAAAAGGGUUUCUCGAAAGCGCAGGUGUUUUCCAGAAUCGAGAUCCAGUUUUUUUUUUUGGGUUAAAUUCUUUACUGCAUCUGUUUGUAUAUCUUUUUCUGUUUUCGUUGUUUUUCAGAUCGACUUCGAGGGUUGUUUUUUGAUCCCUCUUGGAGUUCAAAAGGGUUGGUUAUUGCAGUUCAUACCCUUCUCUCUGUAGAAAUUCUACUUGUUUUCUUCUUAUUGUUUUUUCUGUUUUUAAUUUAGUAAGGAGAUUAUGGCUGCUUUGAUGGAUUUGUAUGGUUGCAGAGAGUUUCAGUCAGAUCCAUUUGGUGGUGAAUUAAUGGAAGCAAUUGAACCUUUUAUGAAAGUUGCUUCCCCUUCUUAUUUUCCUUCUUCUUUUCCGGACUUCUCUUUCUCUUCUUCUUCUUCAUCUUCUUCUUCUUCUAUCCCAACAGAGUCUACUUCUUACCCUUCUGAUUGCUCUCCUCCGUUGACCCAUUUAUUUUCCGAUGGGUUCUCGGGUCAAGAUUUCCAUGGCGUAGAGCAAUCACCUUCUAUUGGACUUAAUUACUUAACCCCUUUUCAGAUCCAACAGAUCCAAUCUCAAUUCGGUCUCCACACACAAAUCCAGCCAGUUUGGGGACAGAUCAACAACCAGGUAGUAAGAAAUCAGAGCAACACCGCCGGAAAUCUGCUUGGACCGAGGGGGAUUCCAAUGAAACACGUGGGAUCUCCACCGAAAUCGACGAAACUAUAUCGAGGCGUGAGGCAAAGGCAUUGGGGGAAAUGGGUGGCUGAGAUCCGUCUUCCGAGGAACAGAACUCGGCUAUGGCUCGGCACCUUCGAUACCGCCGAAGAAGCCGCUUUAGCUUACGACAAAGCCGCUUACAAGCUCCGAGGCGACUUCGCCAGACUCAAUUUCCCUCACCUCAAGCACCAUGGCUCCUCCGUCGGUGGCGAUUUCGGCGAGUACAAACCGCUACACUCCGCCGUCGACGCUAAACUCGAAGCCAUCUGCCAAACCUUGGCCGAGUCGCAGACAAAGGGGAAAUCGGAUCGGAGAAAGUCGAAGUCAUCUGGUUCUUCAACCAUCGCAUCGGGAUCUCAGGCCCCAACGGUGAUCGAUUCCGACGACGAUCUAAAACCGGCGGAUGCUGGAUCAAGUGGGUCGGAGGUCUGUUGCAAGGCGGAGAACUCCUCGUCACCGGUUUCGGCGGAGAGCGACGAGUCAGGAGGGUCUUCGCCGUUAUCAGAUCUGACGUUCCAGGAUUCGACGGAUUCGGCAUGGGAACAAACUACAGAAAGCUGUUUGUUGCAGAAAUAUCCAUCGGAAAUCGAUUGGGCUUCGAUAUUCACAAAUUGAUGAUGUGCGUAAUAGUUUGAUUUAUUUUAGGUUGGAUUCUGCGACUAAGUUUUUGCAGUUGGCAGAAUCAGUGUAUGUGAUUCAUAGGACGUUCAAAGGGUUUUUGUUAUAUUAAGUAUGGUUUAGUAAGGGAGAUAUCUCCGAGACUGCCAUGGACCGGCGGCCAACUUUUUUGAGCUGAUCGGGGGCGGGAGGGAGGGAUGUACAAGUAAUGUUAUUAUUAUUAAUAAUUUUGUGUUUGUUGUUUAGUUUAUGGGUUAGGGAUUAGUGAAAGAAGUACAUUUAUGUAAUUUUAUUCUUAUGUUAUAUAAGAACUAUUUAUAUCUUAUGUUAUGUUUA